AUGGAAGGCAACUACGCUUUUAUCGGCCUUGGGGCCAUGGGAUACGCCAUGGCCAGCAACCUACGCAAAAAGAUGCCGGCAUCCUCGACCCUCUAUGUUUAUGACGUCUACCAACCAUCAUCUGAGCGCUUUGCCUCCGAGUACAGCAGUAUGGGGCCUGUUGUGAUCGCGAAGGACGUCAAGGAAGCCGCGGCUAACUCCAAAUUUGUCGUCUCAAUCGUCCCGACGGCUCAAAACGUUCGAGAGGUGUACCUCGACGCCACUUCGGGCUUGAUUGCCGCGCCCCAAGAUCCCGAGCGCUUGAUAUUGGAGUGUAGCACAAUCGAUUCGGACUCGGCUCGAGAGGUCGGAGAGCUACUGAGGGCGUCCAGGCAUGGUCAUUACGUCGACACGCCUGUGUCGGGUGGCGUUCCAGCCGCCGAAGCGGGCAUUCUCUCCUUCAUGAUCGGUAGCAAACCACGGUCAGAAGAAGAUCCGGCGCCAUCGCGGAUCAGUCACGUUCUGACAAUGCUUGGUCGACCCGAAAAGUUCUUCUGGUGCGGGCGACUGGGCGCGGGCCUGGCCGCCAAAAUCGCCAACAACUACAUUUCGUGCACGUCGUUGCUGGUGAUCGCCGAAGCCAUGGCCGUGGGCGUCAGGAACGGGAUCGAGCCAAGACUGCUGCAGGACGUGAUUCACAAUUCCUCGGGCCAGAGUUUCAUGUCGGACCAUGUCAAUCCCGUCCCCGGUGUGGUUCCGCAUGCGCCGAGCAGUAACAACUGGAGGUUAGGUUUCAAGACGCAGAUGAUGAUCAAGGAUAUUGGGUUGGGCGUCAAUGCAGCUAAGAAAGUCGGGAUUUCGCCCACAAUGGCGGAGGCGGCGAUCGAGGUGUGGAAGAAAGCGGCUGAAGAUCCACGUUGCGUCGACAGGGACGGGUCUUCUGUCUGGCUCUAUAUCAACGAUAUCAAAGAAUCAUGA